AUGCCGUUCGACAACAUCGGGAGCAACAUAAACCUGAGCAUCCACAAGCUGUUCAGCGCGCGGUACAGCGCGCCCACCAAAGCCAGCGAGGACUGCAAACCCGUGGCGAAAAAGAGGAGGUGCACCAUCUCCCUUGCCAACGAACCGAAUGCACACCAAAGGAACUACGUAGAAUACCUCAACUAUAACUUUAACAAUGCUUUUACCAAGAGAAGGAAGUACCCCUCCCCCUACUCCCUCUCAAACCAAAUCAAAAAAUUUACUCCACUGAAAUGCAGAACCCUUCUCAGAAGCAGCGUCGAUGAGAGCAUUAAGAAGAGUGCCGCUGUACGGUCCAUAGUAAAGAAAACGAUGAAAAAGAACAAGCCAGAAAUGUAUGAGCGCAAUGAUAAAAACUACCUGAACAUGAGUAAGGCCUACUACCUCAACAGGAUGGAGGGGGGGGGGAGCACCGCAGAGUUAGUCCACCCGGAAGAUGUAACAGAACCCAACCGCGCUCUGCAGAACCCGCAAGUGACAGACCAUAAUAGAAAUUUGAGUGAAACCUACAUCAUGAGUAGCACCACUCAGAGUGAAAACACAAAAGGGUAUAUGAACAGCAAUGUAGAUAGCCAAAAUACGUUUAGGGAGACCCUCCCCUUGUACCUAAACUCCGAGUCGACUAUUUCUAGUUUCAAUUUAGAACGUGAAUUGGACGGUAAGUUAUACCUAGAAGGAGUUGCACCGACUGGCAAUACGAAAGGUGCACUACGUAUUUACCCCGAGUCGGAUGCGAGAAAGAAGUUGUACUUGUAUAAAGCGAAUACCACGGUGACAGAUUACGGGGCGCGCCGUCGUCCCCACCAUGUGGGGAACGACGAGGAGGAAAGAAAAAAAAUAAUUGAGAGCCACCCACUGAAGAGGAGACACACCACGCAGUUUUCGAGGGAGCAAGACAGAUACGUUUGCUCCGACUCGAACGAUAUGAACAGAUGUGUUAAGGAGGGAGACAGGAAUCACAGGAGCAGCACGCGCAGAUACAGUGAUGCCAUCAGGUGCAAGUCUCUCAAUGGACUUUACUACAGCGACGUCACGAAUGAGCCCAGCGUGUACUCCUUCAGGAGCGAAGCCCUCCCCCAAAGUUACAACGCUAGUCGGCGUUUGGAGGCUUCGCGAAACUCCCAGCUGAAGGAGGGCUCCACGGAGAAGGACGCCGACACCCCCCUCUUCCACACCUGCUUCUUCAAGAACGCGGAGGAAUUUGAAAAUGGGGACAUAAAGCGGAAGGAGCACGUGGAGCCGCUGAACCCGAGCGAAGACGACGACUCGGUGCUGAAGAACGACGCGGAGUACCUCUUCAGCAGGGGCUUCUUCAAGGACAUCUACUCGAACAUACAGCGCAAGGGGGAGCUGAACUUCAUCGAUGAGUUGCUGGAGGCAGACGAAGAAUAUUACAUCAGCAAAAGCAAGCUAAAUAAAAUUAUAGAAAAUGCAAAGAAUAAGGAGAUGAAGUACCACUACAUCGAUCGCAUGUUCCUUUACAGGCAUGCGAAAAAUGUGAUUGACGAUGCGGACUAUGAGACAUAUAGGAACAAGUGUAGAACCCAACAGAGGUACUUAGAUGUACCCUUUCCUAACCUGACCGAGCUAAUGAACCUCAAGUCGGUUGGCAUCUUCGAUGAGGUGGAUGACACCGAUGAGUACUACCACGCGGAGGUGAAGCUGCUUGAGAGGUACUACUACACUUCGGGGGCACUCCCAGAGGAGGGAUACAGAGACAAAAUGGCAAUGCCGAUGGCCAUGCCGAUGGGCAGAGGCCAGAAGGGAACCGAUGGGGAGGCGGCUCACCCCGGGGAGGAUGCCAAACAGGAGGAGGGUACCACAAAUGAGACAUCCGUGCCAGGGGAAGGAUCCCUAAAGGAGGACCAACGGGGUGGAGACAACCCAAGUGAGUACAUCGCCCAGGAGGAGCACCCCGGCAGACUUGAUCACACCGCUCUAUCGGAACAACGGAUUGUCCUCUCCAGCAGAAAUGCACCUCUCAACGACGGCGAAUAUAAUGAGGACCCCGCUGACGCAGAGAAAAGGGACAAACUGAUUUGCCUGAUGAAUAAGAUGAAGAGGGAAAAGGACUCCUUCUUUGAGCGCAUCUUAGAUGCACCUGACUUUUCGAAGAUUCUAGAACCCGUUUUUUCGCUGAACGAAAGCUUCCUCCUCUCGCACCAGCUAUUCAACGUACAGUAUGCAGCCCAGCUAGGACCCGUUGUGUACCUCAUCAAAACGGAAGACGAGCAUUAUGUCUACAGAGCGAUUGAAGUGAGUAGACUGUUUGAAGAAAAGGUCAAGUCCAUCCUGGAUAAUCAGAAGGUCGCUGGCAACUCCAAGGACAGGACUGAUCACUACGACUGCUUCUCCAACGAGAAGUUCCCCUUUCUUCACGAGCUCGACGUCAAGUACUACCUGCGCAUCCCCAUGAGCACGGGGUGGAACCACUUCGGCUACCUCAAGAACCAAAACAACGUGCUCUUCUUCCGCAGGCGGAAGAACGCCUAG